AUGGCGCGCGGAGGUGCAGCCGGACGGCGGGUGGCGAGCGGGGAUGGGGACGCGGGGCUGGGCCAGUACGAGAGGAGGAGCGGCGAGUACAGGGCGGGGCAGUCGGGGCUGGCGUCCGGUAUGACGAGUGGGGGCAGUAUCAGCCUCUCCCAGAGGGCACAGGGGCGAUUUCUUCAUAGCGAGGACCACAUUCCAGGGUGUAGGGUGGUCAGGGACAUAAACCAGACAUGCUUUUCCUCAUCAAAAGAUGUGAACUGCAUGUGCUUUCCUGCCUUCACCAGCAAACCGAUCAAGACCAUCAUGUUUGCAGAACAAUCUAGAAACAUGUGGUGGGUGGAGGGUGGUCGUUUCAUCAUCAAGGACGUCAGCACCUCUGACUCGUCCAAAACCCCAAGGAAGCAGCUGAGGAGGAGCGUGAGGUGCAUGGCCCAUUGCAGCAUCAGUGGUUCAGAGUACAUAUGGACAGGGCACAGAUGGGGAGAGGUGUGUGUCUGGGAUGGGCUUGGAAGGCAGGUGACCAAGUCGUUGAAGGCAUUCCGAAGCUGUGUCAGGUCGAUCUGCAUGGUGUCUCCCUAUGUGGCAUGGGUGGGUGCUGACAGUGGUAACAUAAGGGUCAUCCAGCUCCACUUGGGCGAUGGUGAGAUGCCAGCGGAGCUGACUGCAGACUACACGCUGGCUCCCAGCGAGUGUCCUGUUGGGCGUCUGGUGUCUGGUAGCAACUACUUCAAAAGCGGACCCCUUACGAGGCCUACAAACCAGAUAGACACUGUGCCAGAGGAUGGAGAACUCACCUCAAGUGGAACGGACCCAAGCAAAUCAUCGUUGCGCGUCUGCAUGCAAUGGACCGCUGCCAGGUUGCUACUGUUACUGGCCAUGGUGCAUUAUCAUAAUCCAGUUCCAGGUCGAAUGGUCAACCGCUCCACAGGCAGUUAUGUGGGAAGGCUGUCUGAGGCUAUGCGCAACAUGCAAUGGCACAAUCGAGCACACAGGAGUCACAUACGUUGCAUAUUCGCAAAGGGUGGCAGGGUCUGGAGCUCUGGUGGCCGCGUGUGGUACCUUGGAACCAUAAAGAUGUGGAGUGAGAACUACAUAUUAUUGGGCAAGUUUUUGUGUGAGUCAAGAGGUCCAUGCUCAAGCUUUGCAUCUGUCCCAUGGCACAGAGGACAGGGAGGGUCAGCAGAUCAAGACGCACAGGAUUGGCGUCUGCUGACAGCCCAUGACUCCGGAAAGCUGCUGCUGUGGGACCCCGGGUUGAAGAGCCUCCAGCCCCUGCUGGAGAUCGAGUUCAGGAAGAGCCCAAUAAGGUCCCUGGUUGUGUGGGAGUCCAUGGGCCUCAUGUGCACAGCCCAUCGUGAUGGCUCUGUCCAGAUGGCACGCCUUCCAACGCCUCAGAUCCGUGGCUUGACAUCCUCAACCCCUGUGGUGGAUGAGGAUGAGAUCUACCCAUUCGUGCCACGAACGAUCGCUGAGUUUCCACACCCUAGCGGCUUGCGUUGUGCUGUGGGGGGCCACGACUGCCUGUUCACUGUUUCAGACCGUGGCCGGAUUCUGUACUGGCCUAGAGAGAAGCUGGAGGCGAACAUGGGCGAGCUGAGGCAGUCAUCCAUGAAGCGGAUGAUCGUGAAUGAGGUCAACGAAUCCGUCAGGGUCGUCGACAGGGAAGAAUUGACCGUCGGGGAGACCAUCUGGGAAGGCGACUUUGCCACGGUGAAGAAAGGGAAAUACCUGGCAAAAGACAUAAUCAUCAAGGAGGCAAAUAACAAAGCAGACUCCAGGAAGGCCAUGCGUGCCCUGGUUAAAGAUGCCCAGAUCUUGUCGACUGUUCGACAUCCAAACAUUGUGAACAUUCUGGCAGUGUGCGGGGACCCUCCCUUUGUCGUGAUGCAGUACUAUGAGGAGGGUUCUCUGUACGAUGUGCUGAGGCGUGCACGGGCAGACCCAAGGGUCAUGCGCAGGCUGACUUGUGAGAAGCGCCUGGGGAUUGCAAUCGCAGCGGGUUGUGGAAUGCACUUUCUGCAUUCCCAGAGGAAUCAACCGAUCUUGCACAGGGAUUUAAAAUCUCCAAACAUUUUUGUGGAUCGCGACUUCGUCUCUGCAUGCGUUGGCGAUUUCAAUCUGUCCAAGGAUAGCCACCACAACUUGAACCAGAAUCUGGUCUCCUCAGCGCGCCCUUCCAAUCCGAUGUGGUUGGCGCCAGAGGUGGCCAAGGGCAGGGACUUCACUAUUGCUGCAGAUGUCUACUCGUUUGGCAUCAUCUUGUGGGAGCUUUUGACUGGUCGGACGCCUUGGGACCACUUGAAGCCAGCAAAUGGGCAAAGGCUGAACAAGGAGAACUUUUAUAGCAAGAUUCGGUACGAGCUAUUUCAGGGGGGUCGCCCACCAGUGAAUAGGCUGCCGGAUGGGCGCCUGGAGGACCCGCCCUGGGGAAAAUUCAAUCAGUUGAAUGAAUAUGUUGCACUGAUGCAACAGUGCUGGGAGGACGAACCCAUGGACCGCCCGCCCAGUUUUGAAGCGAUCGUGUUUCGACUAGAGGAGAUAAAGAGGGAGGAAUCUGCUGCGAGCAGGCUGAAAGUUCUCAAACUCAAGGAAAUGCCACAGGUGGUGAAGGAAACCGAAAUGGUGGCGGAAGGUGUCCGCGGAGAUGGCAGCGGCCAAGGCGCUGGCUCUCCCAGUGGUGUGAAGGCAGUGAUGACAGAAGAGACAGAUGCUGGUGUGGUGGAUCCACCUACCGCCACAGCAAGAGAUCAGGCAGGAGAUGGGAUUGAAGGGACGGAGGGCCCAAGUGCACCUUUGGUUGCAGAGCCUGUAGGUGGUGACCCACCAGCUGAGGAAGGUGCUGCUGGAGAGCCCACAGGCGUCGGAGGGGGAGGUGGUGGGCACGAAUCAGGGAACCUCGACCCUGCGCAGGACCCGUCGGAAAGCAGCAGGUCCAGCAAGGCUGACAAGGGCAUGUCCCAGAUUAUGGGGGUGGUGCCACCCCUGCCCGCCAGCCCGUUUGACAUGCCUGCAAACCAACAGGUGGCGAUGGGUCGCCCAGCUUGA